AUGAAUGUCAGUGGCAAUAAUGCACUGCCAUUUGACGCCGACUGCUACGCAAUCUUGUGUCUGGAGAGAAAGCCCCUUUUCCAGCGAAACAGCUCUGAGAGCGCGGAUAACCGAAAGGAUGCUGGCGUGAGGAAGACUUUCCCAGGGGGCAAAGGCACAGGUCCGUUUAGAAAUCCGACCCAGGCUGGUGUCAAUGUUCCCCCGGGGGGCAAUUUUGUGUCCCCGGAAGAAUUUUUUUCUGCCUCGACUAUGCAAGGCGGAGACCAAGCUUACCUGUUCCCCGUCACUGAAGCGUCCCAGAGAUCCCAGGGUGGAACCAUCAACGACUUCUACAGGAGAUACAAAGUUGAGUCGGCACAUAAAAACCCAAACGCAAAGAGCUGGUACCAAAUUACCGGAUGGUCUGGUCAACUCGGUCCCUACUGCCAAGCCCUCCAGAACAACGGCGGCAAUAGCAACAGGAACGACCCUAUCUGCAAGAAGGACGGCAAUGGUAAAGGCAGUUUGGGAUUUGACGUGGGCGAGUACGUCUACUAUUACGAUGGCCAAAGCUACCACAAGCCCCAGGGCAGCAAGUGA